CGAGUUUCGCUUAGAAGUGAUGCCAACGCAGUAAAUUAAAAUUCCUGAAUUAUUCGAAUUAAUAAAAAAUUUAAAAGUGAAUAAGUAUCAUGUUAUUAAAUUUACAUUAAUUGAUUGAAUUAAGUUAAUUGAUACUAUAAAUAGUUUUAAGCGGUCAAUUUUAUAACCAUAUUUAUCUCGAUAUUACUAAAAAAGAAGAAGCACUACACCUUUUUGAACGUGGAAAUCCGUAUUGGAUACUUGAUAUCAAUUUUCCGCUCUUAUUCAUUAUUAUUAAAUAAUGAAAAUAGUAUUAAAUAAGACGAAUCCUCCACUUGGGGGCUUAUUUGUUAUUGAAUAUGUGAAGAAAUUAAAAAAUAUUCCCGUGGAAUUAUUAUGGGCAUCUGAAAGCGUCGUCGAUAAUAUUAAUUGUAAAAAUAGUAAUGACGUUGCUCGUGCCGUUGCGAAAUUAUAUUGUCCCGAAAUUUACGGUACGAACCCAACUGAUGCAACUGAAAUUGAUAAUUGGUUAACAUUUUCUUUGGGUUCUUUCGCAUCUAAAAAUGAAUUUUCUACUGCUUUAAAUACGUUAAACAAAAUCUUGGCUUCAUUAACGUAUUUAGUGGCCAAAAAACUUACUAUUGCGGAUUUUAUUGUGUUUGCAAGUUUAUACGUUAAUAAACAUUGGAAAGAUGCAAUAAAAUCUAAAAAUGCACCGGUGAAUGUUCAGCGUUGGUAUGAAUUUUUACUUGCCCAGGAAUAUGUUCAAAAUAUUCUUAAUAAUCUACCUCAAGAAGUGGCAGCUACUUUGACAAGUUCGGAAAAACAUGUUAAAAAUGAAAAAAGUACAGUCGGCAAUAGGAAUCAAGAAGGAAAAUUCAUUGAUUUGCCUUUUGCCGAAAUGGGUAAACUCGUUGUGCGAUUUCCACCAGAAGCAUCAGGAUAUUUACAUAUUGGUCAUGCGAAGGCGGCCCUCCUCAACCAAUAUUAUCAAGAAGCUUUCCAAGGUAAAUUAAUAAUGCGAUUCGAUGACACAAAUCCAGCCAAAGAAAACGUACAUUUCGAAAAAGUUAUAUUGGAAGAUGUGGCAAUGUUGCAAAUCAAACCGGAUAUGUUUACUUAUACUUCGGAUUAUUUCGAAUUAAUGUUACAAUUAUGUGAGAAAAUGAUAAAAGAGGGAAACGCGUAUGCAGACGAUACAGAUCCGGAACUUAUGAAAACACAAAGAGAACAAAAAAUUGAAUCUGCUAAUAGAAACAAUGAUGUUGAUAAGAAUUUGGCGAUGUGGGAGGAAAUGAAAAAAGGUACAGAAAAGGGACAAAAAUGUUGUAUACGAGCGAAAAUGUUUAUGGAUUCGCCUAAUGGUUGUUUGAGAGACCCCACAAUUUAUAGAUGCAAAAAUGAGAUACAUCCCAGAACAGGAGACAAAUAUAAAGUUUAUCCGACUUACGACUUUGCGUGCCCUAUUGUAGAUUCCAUAGAAGGGGUAACGCACGUAUUACGUACUAUGGAAUAUCACGAUAGAGAUUUUCAAUUUUAUUGGUUCAUUGAAAAAUUGGGUUUGAGAAAACCUCACAUCUGGGAAUAUAGCAGAUUAUCAAUGACCAAUACAGUUCUGAGCAAAAGGAAACUAACUUGGUUUGUAAAUGAAGGCCUUGUUGACGGAUGGGAUGAUCCUCGAAUGCCGACUGUACGAGGAGUUUUGAGAAGGGGUAUGACCGUACAGGGACUAAAAGAAUUCAUUAUAGCUCAAGGUUCGAGUAGAUCUGUUGUGUUUAUGGAAUGGGAUAAAAUUUGGGCGUUCAACAAAAAGGUAAUUGAUCCUGUGGCACCACGUUACACUGCAGUGCAAAUCGACGACCCCGUCCCCGUUUACGUACAAGGAGUAAAAGAAGAACGUUUAUCCGUACCUAAACAUCCUAAAAAUACAGAUGUUGGUUAUAAAGAAGUAUGGAUAGGUCCAAAAAUAUUUAUCGAUAGAGAAGAUGCGGAUGCUUUGAAAGAAGAAGAAAACGCUACUUUUAUUAAUUGGGGAAAUUUAAUUAUUAAAAAAAUAAAUAGGCAAGCUGGGAAAAUAACAAGCAUCGAAGCAGUACCGAAUCUCGAAAACGUCGAUUUUAAGAAAACGUUGAAACUCACUUGGUUAGCAGAAGUUGAUAAAGCUCCGUUUACUCCCACCUGGUGUGUUUAUUUCGAUCACAUUAUAAGCAAGGCUGUAUUGGGAAAAGAUGAAGAUUUCAAACAAUAUAUCGGUCACGAAACUAGGAAAGAAAUCGAGAUGCUAGGUGAUCCCGAAUUGAAAAAAUUAAAAGUCGGAGAUAUAAUUCAAUUACAGAGACGCGGAUUCUUCAGAGUUGACGUCGCGUAUAAACCUGCUAAUUUACAUACUUAUAGAGAACAACCGGUGGUUUUGUUCCAUAUACCCGAAGGGAACGCUAAAGAAACUAUGCCUGGUAAAGUUGUUCAAAAAACGGAAACAAAAACUGUACCGGCAAAUGAUAAAAAUAAGGUUAAUAUAAAAUCCGCCGUCGACAUAAAUAAUGAGAUAAUAAAACAAGGAGAUAUAGUACGUAAGUUAAAGGAGCAGAAAGCACCGAAAUCUGAUAUCGAUAGUGCAGUAAAAGAAUUAUUAUCAUUAAAGGGUAAUUAUAAAACAAUCACUAAUAUCGAUUGGAAACCUGGAUGUGUUCCACCUGUCGAUAACACUACAGCAAAUACCUCGACCGAAAGUGAUCUUGAUGCUAAAAUAUCAGCUCAAGGUGAUAAAGUGAGACAGUUGAAAUCUCAGAAAUCAGAUAAAUCAACAAUCGAUGCCGAAGUAAAAAUCUUAUUAUCAUUAAAAUCCGAAUACAAAACCGCAACGGGAAAAGACUGGAUGCCGACUAAACCGACGUCUCCUUCCCAAGUAAAACAAGAAAAUAAAUCCGUAGAUGAAAAUUCGCUUCUGCUACAAAUUGCCAGUCAAGGUGAUAAAGUGCGCGAUUUGAAAGCUAAAAAAGUUGAUAAAACCGUUAUCGAUAACGAAGUUAAAAUUCUAUUAUCCCUUAAAAAGGAUUAUAAAAGCCUCACAGGUACGGAUUGGAAACCGGGAGUAAUCGCUACUACUCCUGUCUCGAAUAAUACGUCCAUAGAUGAAAAUAAACUGCUGUUAGAUAUUUCUAGUCAAGGAGAUAUUGUGAGAAAAUUAAAAUCCGAUAAAGCUGAUAAAUCUCAAAUUGAUACGGCAGUAAAACAACUUCUACAGUUAAAGGAGGAUUUCAAGAAUUUAUCCGGUAAAGAUUGGAAGCCGAAUAUGAAACCUGAGCCUGUACCGAAUGUCGCACAAUUUGAAGGAGGAGAUAAUGUAAAAGAAGCUCUAACAGCGAAAAUCGCCGAGCAAGGGAAUUUGGUUAGAGAUUUAAAAGCUAAAAAAGCCGACAAGGGAGCAGUAGAUGAGGCGGUAAAAGUUCUAUUGGAUUUGAAAGGUGAGUAUAAGAAAGUGAUAGGCGAAGAAUUUCCUGUAGCAGGAAGAACUCCAAAAUCGAAGGAAAAUAAAACUGAAAUUAAACAAAAAUCGGCUAAAGAAAAAUCCGUUGCUAACGUUUUCGAGGGAGAAGAUGGUACAACGAAAAAACAAACGCGACUCGGAUUAGAAGCGAAGAAAGAAACAAACCUAUCGGAUUGGUAUUCUCAAGUAAUCACCAAAGGUGAAUUGAUAGAAUAUUACGACGUUUCGGGUUGUUACAUUUUCAGACCUUGGUCGUUCGCGAUAUGGGAAGCGAUUAAAAAUUGGUUCGAUGUGGAAAUAAAAAAAUUGGGAGUCGAAAAUUGUUAUUUUCCCAUUUUCGUAUCGAAAGCGGCGUUGGAAAAAGAAAAAACGCACAUAGCGGAUUUCGCUCCGGAAGUGGCGUGGGUUACAAAAUCUGGCGAUUCCGAAAUGGCCGAACCGAUUGCCGUUAGACCAACAUCGGAAACUGUCAUGUAUCCAGCUUACGCCAAAUGGAUUCAAUCGUAUCGAGAUCUUCCCAUCAAACUUAAUCAAUGGAACAACGUAGUCAGAUGGGAAUUCAAACAUCCUCAACCGUUUUUGAGAACCAGAGAAUUUUUAUGGCAAGAAGGUCACACGGCUUUUGCCGAAAAGACCGAAGCUGACACCGAAGUCAAACAGAUUUUAGAUUUAUACGCCAAGAUCUACACGGAUCUAUUGGCGAUUCCCGUGGUAAAAGGAAGGAAAACCGAAAAAGAAAAAUUCGCCGGCGGGGAUUACACAUUGACAAUAGAGGCUUAUGUAUCAGCUAGCGGAAGAGCUAUCCAAGGUGCGACAUCUCAUCAUUUAGGUCAGAAUUUUUCCAAAAUGUUUGAUAUCAUCUACGAACAUCCCGAAACUCAACAAAAGGCGUACGUAUAUCAAAACUCGUGGGGUAUCACAACAAGAACUAUAGGUGUUAUGGUAAUGAUUCAUGGUGAUAAUCAAGGUUUGAUUUUACCGCCAAAAGUCGCUUGUAUACAAGUAGUUAUCGUCCCGUGCGGAAUCACCGCGAGUCUUUCAGAACAGUCUCGCAAGAAAUUACAAGAAUCUUGCGAUGCUUUAGAAUUGGAUUUAAAAACGGCAGGUGUGUGCGUUAAAGGAGAUUACAGGGACAAUUAUUCCCCGGGAUGGAAAUUCAACCAUUGGGAAUUGAAGGGUGUUCCGGUUAGGGUAGAAUUAGGACCGAAAGAUAUAGAAAAGAAUCAAUUGGUAGCUGUGAGAAGAGAUACAGGAGAAAAACUAACGAUCAACCGUAAAGAUGCCGUAAGCAAAUUACAUAAUAUUUUAGACGACAUUCAAAUCAACUUGUUUAAAAAAGCGUGUGAUGAUUUAGACAGCCAUAAAGUUAUCGUUACCGAUUGGUCUCAAUUCGGUCCUGCCCUGGACAAAAAGAAUAUCAUUUUAGCUCCUUUCUGUGGAGAAAUUGGUUGUGAAGAUAAAAUCAAAACAGAUAGUACACGGGAUGAAAGCGCCGAACCCGGUGCACCAUCAAUGGGUGCUAAAUCUCUUUGUAUACCUUUGGAACAACCGGCUCCGAUCAAAACCAGUGACAAAUGCAUUCAUCCUGAAUGUAAAAACGGACCGAAAUAUUAUACUUUGUUCGGAAGGAGUUAUUGAGAAAUUUAUUUAAAAUAAAAAAAAACAAUAAUUUAAGUUAUAACGUUUUUAUUUGAAUAAACACCUUUUUGCAAAUUGAUAA